AUGCUGAAGCUGGUAUUGCUCUUGCUCGCCGCCCUGUUGGCUGUUGCUAUUGCUGUUCCCGCUCCAGGUCCCAAUCCUGCUCCGGUGCCCCAGUUUAUCUACUCCGCCGGCUAUCCGGCCGUGGGCUAUGCCUCGCCCUACGUCUACUACGGCUGAUUUCAACAUAAGGAUUCACUGAAUAAAGCUUUUCGAUAUGGACAUGAAAAA